AGGAACGGUUGGCAAGACGUUACUUUCCAUGAUGGCUCAGUCUAUCAUGGGGAGUGGCGAGAAGGCCAGAGAUCAGGGCAGGGAAAGCAGACGUAUGCGUUGACCGGUAACAGGUACGAAGGGACCUGGAAAGAUGGCAGAUGGGAUGGGCCAGGGAGGCUUUUCUUAGCUAACGGGUUAUCGAUGAGGAGGGAGGAGGUUCGAAUGACAAGAGCGCGCAGCUCGAGCUACUCGGGGGAAUGGAAAGCCGGACGAAGGCACGGGAGAGGCAUC